AUGCGUGGCACCAUCUGCUUGCACUUGCCUUGCUUGUCUUCUCCGCAGCCAUUUUCUUGCUUUCGCCCCGCCCUUUGUUUGUGCUCAUUGCGACCCAUCAUGGCUGAUCGUGCCUCGCGCAAUUCCGCCUCGGCCGAGGGCUCCGCGCGUGGAUCCGACGGUUAUCCUGGAUUCCCGCCCCGCCCGGCUGCCGAUGCGACUGGCGCGCUGCUGCUUCCGGCCGCUUUGGACCUUCGGGAUUUGGAAGAUCUCACUGAUGCCGAACUCACCACGAUCCUCCGCCGUUGUUCUGUUGCCUUUCUCACCCGCCUCGCCCGACUUUGCGUCCGCAUCGUCCGUGCCGAGCCGGAGGUGAUCUACUGCCAGGAGCCCUGCAACAAUCCCGACUGCAAUCAAGCUUGUGGUCGCCGCAUUGACCCUAUACCCGCAGGCGGGGUCACGCCAGCCAUGCGUGCCGCAUCUGCCACCGCUUUGGCUGGUGAGCCCGGCCCGUCUCCGACCUCGCCGUUGCUCCGGCCCGGUCCUUUCCGGCCUGCUGUGGACGCAUGGUACUGCUGUCUCGGACAAAAAGGAUCCGAUCGCGUGUGCCGUUGGCUUGCGUGUUCUCGCCCUUUCUUGCUCCGAUUGCUCUGCCGCAGCCAUUUAUUGCUCCAGGCCCACUUUGUAGACUGUCUCUGGAUUCUUUGGACUUCUGCAGAAAUGUCAUCCGCCCCGCCUGCUUUUGAUGAUCCGCUGGCCUUGUCCGCCCUGCUUGCCAAAUGGACCGCUCCGGAUACUCUUCAUCCGCUGCUGGUCGCGAAAGGGUUCCGCACCAUUGCUUCCAUUGCCUAUGCCAUUCCGGGCGAUGGCAGCCCGGAUGACUUUCUGCGCGUGCUGUGGCCGCCCUCCGACCCGGAUAACCCUCCAACCUUGGUGACACCCGAGGCGUCAUUUGCCCGUCGUCUUCUCGUCCAGUCCCGUGCCUUGGUGCAUCCGCCGGCGUCGUCGGCUGGCCCUGCCGCUGCUGCCAUCCCGUCCGCGCCCCCGCCCAAGAUCACUGCCGAGAAUGCCGAAACACUCCGUGCCAAGUUCAUUGACUCGUAUCCUGGAGAAUUGCUGUCUCCUGCCUCCACACCGUCCGUUGAGUUUUUGAACCGUCUCAGGGCCGAACUGGACAAGCCUACCACCCUUUGGGUGCCGUGGCGCCUUCGCACUUCUGAGCAUGAUCUGCAGAUGUUUUACGAGAACCGGCGGCCCCGCUCCGACGGCCAGCUCCUUCGGCACUUGCUUGAUGGUGUUCCCGAACCGGUUACUGCUCAGGCCCCUGCACACACGUCUGGUCCUGUGGAACCGGCCUUGAGGCGACACCUCGGUCUCCUCAUCACGGCCCUGGCCUUCUUGGGCGAUCUUCACCUCAAGCUCGGCAAAGCAUACGCCGAAAGCUUCAUUGCCGCCGCCACGGCCACUCCGUUGGAUUCGUCGCUCCGCCCCCCUUCCAUGCAGGAGGUUCUCGCCGCUGACAAGGCUGUCUGGGGUGCCAUAGCUGGUUUGAUGAGGGACGAGAAAUUCUCGCUGGCGGACGCAUUGCAGGAGAUCACCGUCACUCGGCACAUGAUCCUGACGGUUCUCUGCCCCCGGCCCAGGUCAAUGCCUGCUCCGCCGGUCCGCGACUCCAACCCUCGGAGUGGAGCCAAUGCGGCAAGCGACCGCGCCGAUAUCCUGACCGAAAAGAAAUAUGCCGGCGGUUCGUGCUUGGCCGGUGCAAGCUGUCCUAGUGCCGGUUCGCCCAUUCGUGCAGCCGCCCCACUCAGCAUGGCACUCAGUGAACUAGGCUGUGACCGUAUCGCCCCAGUGGAUGCUUUGUUCGGUGAACAGAUCGACGUUCUGGAUCCAGUUCAUCAGGCUUACCUGGGCACUAGACCCACUUGGAUAGGCUGGUGCAUUUCCCUCAACAGUUUCACUGCUGCCAUGGAGCCUUCAAAGCAGGCCCGCCUGCGCUCCCUGCUCCGUUCCGCGUUGGACUUGGACUCACUGCCGCUAGCGCUGCUCCGCAAGCUCACUGGCAAAUUGUUGUGGGUGUGCUCUUUGUUCCGUGCAUUCCGGCCUUCGCUGGCCCCUCUUUACAAGGACCAGAGCCUCCCGCCGCUGGUGCACGUUGCACUUGGCCCGGAAAAGUG